GGUAAUCAUUUUUCUUUCUCAUUCUUCUUCUUCAUCCUGCACCACGGGUGCACGAUAUGUUCACUGUGUAACACGUACUGUAGAGAUGGUGUCUGCACAGCACGUAGCUGUCCUACGGGAAGCAGUGCAUCUGCACUUUCAAAGUUUAGUUACCAAACAAGAAAACCUUGCAGGCGCCCUCCUGGUGAAUUUCCGAAGACAAAAGAUUUAAGUGAGGUUUUUUUUUGCUUUACCGUGUAAUAGUGUUUGGGGACGUGUUGUCUGUUGAAUCGCUCAGCUUUCCAUGCGCUUACUACUUGAACUAAUUACUUGAAGGUAAUGCAGUCCUUCAUUGUCGUUCGCUGCUAUUCGUGUUGCGUCUUUCAGGUGCAACAGGCAAAGAAAGUGAACAAGUUUGCCUGUAAGAUGUGCAACGAGAAGCAGUCAGUGAAAAAGGUACUGUUGCGUGGUAGCGGUGCAGAGUGUAGGCGCUGUGUUCAGCAGCUGAACAUGAAGUCAGCAGGUUCAUCAGACAUCGCUCGGCACAGCAUGAUCUCAGCAGAGACAGCAGAUGCCAGUCUUGACUAUGAGCAUUGCGGAGCUACAGAUGAGUACGGUUACUCGGACAUCACCACCUUCCACAACGAUGUCCCAGAUGAAAUGCCGAUACAGAGACCUCGCCAGGCAGCUCAGAGUUCAGCCAGCACAUUGCUUCCACGUCCGGCCACAUCAAAAUGGCAGUUCUAUCUGGAUGAUGGUGCUGAGGCAAGUGACACAGCCAGCUCUAGCCAUUCACGUGCUGACAUUCCUACAUCUGCACGUUCACAUACUGGUCCUGGUGUGCGGGAUAGUGCCAAACGAUUGGACAGUUUGUACGCCGGUAUACCUGGUGGUAUGAGCAGUUCACGUUCUAGUAUAGCUGUUGGCAACACUUCGACUGGUGAACUAUGCCUCAGCCAAACAGGAAAUCCUCACUUGUCUAAUGUGGAGGCUGCAACCACUGCUUACUCGGCUACCAGUACAAGCAGUACAGGUCAUGCUGGCCGCAGUACAGUCAGUACAAGGCACUGUGUAGCAGCUAGCACUGUAAACCCACCGAGCAGUCGACAGUCGACGUCCACCGUAGCCAAUCAUGGCAAGUCUGACACUCGGCGGCAAGGUGAAGCGCUGCCUCCGAGGCAGACCACUGCACCGUCGAUGCACUGCGGUGACGUCAGUAACUUAGCUGCGUCAUGUUCGCCACGCCGAUCCUGGCAGGACACGCCACCCGCGAAACGCCAUUGUGCUGCAAGCUUGAGUGUGCGCGCUGGGGUUAGACACUCUGCUCAUGACCCACACCAACGCACAGAAAUAGGACAGCGCGACGAUACGUUGAGCGAUGUUGAUGUGACACAGCGCACGGGUGGUCCUGCUAACAUUGAUGAUACUGCCCGAGGGGCAAAUGGUGAUUGUCGUUCUGAUGAGCAUGUACUUAGUAUGAAGACUGGGUUGGCUGCACAUCGUUCUACCAAGCCAUACCGGACACUCUCCAGUGAGAAUCUAAAGGGUGAGCAUCGCUUGUCAUCAGCUCCUUUUCAAUCCACGGGCAAUGCAAGUAGAUAUGCAGCAUUCUCUCCUUCCAGUGAUGUCGCUGGUCAAUGUGAAGCGGGUGAGUGGCGUGAACGAUCGCAGGAUGAAUUUGCUGAACUUGAUACACCUCAGGUCUGUGCAUCCCGUACUACCAAGUCCAGCACUGGAAACUCUGUGUGCAGUGUUGACAAGGGUCAUGAUAGACGGGUCGGCCUGACAAACGUACAGACCGCACUGCAUGCUGCACGGGAGCGACAUCACCAGCCUCAUGUCACGACAUCCUCUUUGUCACCAACCACGUCAUCGGGCGCAAGGACAGUCUCGACUCCAGUGGCUGUCCACGUGGCAAGAGAAACGACAGUAGCAGUGUCUUCUUCUGCAACACCAGUGGAUGAUGUAAUGGCAGGUAGCAAUGUGGGGAAAGGUACCCGUCAAACUUCCUCUCUCUGCCCAGCUGGUACUCAUUCUACUAAUGUGCUGCUGAAGAGCUGUAUAUCAUCACCAGUGUUCAGCAACAGAGCAACGACAACAACAUCAGCAUGCACUACUAAAGCCUGCAGUGCCAGUGGCACCAGUGCAACAGACAAAGGCAAGUCUUUGUUCACUGUCCUGGCUGAUGGUGAGGAUGACGAUUGGGAGCUGUGAUUGAUUGUAGUAGUGUAAUUUGUUAAACUUUUAGUAAUUUAUUAUACAAACACUGGGGCGAAGGGCUGUGGAGCUGUGCAACUUCACAGCCCUUUGCCCCCAGUGUUUGUGUAUACUGCUCUCUGCACAUUUGUGCAUUGAGCCCUCGUUUCGAGUUGCCUCGACAGGCCCCAUUUGUAUUUGUAUUGGUUGCCUAGCCAGUCCCGAUGCACAGACUCACAGUAGUAGCAGCAGUAGUAGCUGCUUUUUUAGUUGCUGGUUGUGUUUCUAGGGGAUAGUUUACGAGAAAUAUGGUAUCUGUGUAGUUGUCUUACUGUUGCAACGGUGCUCCAACUGAACACAUUGUCCCAGCACUUCAAACGCACAUUGCAGUGCCAGUGUGUGCUAUUUCAAGUCCCUAUUGGCUUCGAAACAUCCGAUUUUUUAUCUUCCCUGCUUUGUGUGUUUUAUGUGCUUGCUCUGCUUCUUUGCUGUUCAGCUGUUCUUCUCCACCGCCCCUUUAUACUUUGACCAGUACUAUCCGGUUUUUCCAGAUUCUGCAUGAUUCAAAAUAGCACAGAAGUUUUUAAAUAUGAACAAUAUCAAUGUCAGGAAUUCAAAAUUAGGCAUCAUAAUAAUACUAACAAUAGGGAGGCUUCGUUCUACGUAAUAAUUACGUACGUACGAAAAGCAAAAAGCUGAUUGUUUUUAAAAGCA